CCAUCCUUUGUAUCCGGGUCAGCGGGCAGUAAUGGCGACCACCAUGGAGACAACAACCGGCAUGAGCAAUAUGCUGCAAUUCAUGAAAUUGAUCGGACAGCUAAAAAGGGUCCCACGGACCGGCUGGGUGUACAGGGAGGUGCAGAAACCUGAGAGUGUGUCAGACCACAUGUACCGCAUGGCCAUGAUGUCUAUGACUGUCACAGACCCCACAGUGGAUAAAAACAGAUGUAUAAAGCUGGCUCUGGUUCAUGACAUGGCAGAGUGCAUUGUGGGAGAUAUCGCUCCAUCAGACAACAUCAGUAAAGCUGAGAAACACAGACGAGAAGAGGAGGCGAUGAAACAUAUUUCAGCUCUUCUGCCGGGGGGACUCAAACAGGAGAUGUAUGGACUCUGGGAGGAAUAUGAAAACCAGAGCAGUGCGGAGGCCAGGUUGGUGAAAGAGUUUGACCUCCUGGAGAUGAUCCUGCAGGCUCACGAGUACGAGGAGCUGGAGGGAACACCAGGAAGACUGCAGGAGUUCUUCGACUCCACCGAAGGUCGUUUCCAACACCCAGACGUGCUCCAGCUCCUCAGCUCUUUGAAUAAAGAGAGAGAUAGUCACAUGAGUAAAAAGGAUGAAGCAAAGGACUCUGGGAACUCACAGACGACUGGUGGUGCAUCUUCACACUCAUCCUGACUGUCACACAUAUAAACCUUUCCUUAGUGAAGGUACUGUAACACAAAAUAUGUGUAUAAAGACGCACAAACACGACACGUACCUGCACGUUUCUGCAGUACCACUGAGGAUGAGGAUAUUUGAAUAUAUACUUUGUGCGUACGGCUAUUUUUGCAAACUGUCCUGGAAAAGCAUCACCAUAUAUAAUUAAUACCAAAUGAAAAAUACAAAUGCAAUGCUGCCAGAUAAUAUUAAAAAGCAAAAACGUAUCAAUAUGUAAUGAAAUGUCCAAACAAAUGGGUUGGAAAAUUAUUAAAGAGCUUUAGAAACUCCCAGAUAGUAUUCAUCACUACGUUUUAUCAUCUCAGGCUUUAUUCUAUUUUUCCAAUCCAUUGACAAAUACAUUUUAUUACAUUUUGACAUACCAUACAUUUAUCCGGCAUACAGUAUAUAACAUCAUUGGUUAUCGUUUAAAAUAUCUAACAAUGAUGCUUAACCAUCAGAAGAAAACAUUUUCUGAUGCAGUCUAACUUUUCAGUUAUUUACCGUUUCUUGUGGAGGAGAAAAAAAAUGGUCGGACGUGGAAGUCAUUUCAAGUCAAUUUGUAUAUUUAAUAGAACUUUAGCUGCACAUAACUACUUUCUUUAUCUUGGUUUUCUCGGUAAAAACAGUCAGUGGUAUUUAGUUUGGGUAAACAAUCUUUAAUAUCAUUCCAUCAGCCAUAAAACCAGUUGUUUAUAAUAGUUUGUGAUUAUUUGUAUGCAGAUGUCAAACACAAUGUUUUCUGAAUGUCACAGAUCAGUAGUUUAUUUCCCAAUAACAGAACAUGCAUUACCUCAGUAUUUCAAUAUAUGAACGUUAACAUGAAUAUUAUUGAACACAUUUCAUGAAACGAUCCCGGAGAUCUUCUCAAACCACGGCAAAAAAGAACGAAAUUAAACAUAAGUGAAACAUGAAACGGAGUAUAUAUUGAAACUUGAUGGCAAAGUUAUGCAGGUACUUGAAAAGUAAAAAAUAAAACAAUGUUUUUACACACAAAUGAA